GACGCCGGAAGUACAAACUCCGGGCCGGGCCGCGGGCCGCGAUGAAGUUCCGGUUCUGUGGUGACCUGGACUGCCCCGACUGGGUCCUGGCGGAGAUCAGCACACUGGCAAAGAUUUCCUCUGUGAAGCUGCGGCUGCUGUGUAGCCAGGUGCUGAAGGAGCUUCUGGGACAGGGGAUCGAUUAUGAGAAGAUCCUGAAGCUCACUGCUGACGCCAAGUUUGAGUCCGGUGAUGUGAAGGCCACCGUGGCAGUGCUGAGCUUCAUCCUCUCCAGCUCGGCCAAGCACAGUGUGGAUGGCGAGUCCUUGUCCAGUGAACUGCAGCAGCUGGGGCUGCCCAAAGAGCACGCAGCCAGCCUGUGCCGCUGUUAUGAGGAGAAGCAGAGCCCCCUGCAGGAACAUCUUCGGGCCUGCAGCCUGCGAGUGAACCAGCUGGCAGGCGUGAGCUGGCGGGUGGACUACACGCUGAGCUCCAGCCUGCUGCAGCCCGUGGGGGAGCCUAUGGUGCACCUGCGGCUGGAGACGGCUGCUGCCCCGGGGGCCCCCGCCCAGCCUGUCACCAUGUCCCUCUCCGCAGACAAGUUCCAGGUCCUCCUGGCAGAGCUGAAGCACGCCCACGCCCUGAUGACCCCGCUGGGUUGAAUAGAGUGUUAGAUCAGUGUUGCGUCACCAGACCUCUGUCCAGCAAAUGACCUAGCACGGGGUGUGCUGGGGGUACUGGAAGGCUGGUGGGAAACUGGCCUCCGGGACCCCUGGCCUCCUGGGUUCCCACUUGAGAAUUCACAUGAACAUACAGGAUCCUGAGGACUUUCUACCGUGUUUUCCCUCUCCGCGACAGGAGCUUGUUAACAGUUUCAUGAGCAGGAAGAAUAAACAAGUGUGAAGGA